UACCCUGUCUCUCUGUGCUCGUGGUGGGCGGUGUGAGAACUCGAUCAUGAAGAGGAAGGCCGAGUCGCCGGCCCUCGUGCCUUCGGCAUCGAGCGUCGUGGGCUCGCCGGCCAAUGCCGACCGUACAGCAAAUACCCCCGCCACCGACCCCGACGCUGCUAGCACUGGCCGUGGCCACAAGCAGCAGCCCACACAAGUAGAGCCAGGAAGCGGCGGCGGCGGCGGCGGUGGUUUCAGCCCGGCGGGCCGCAGCAGCGAUGGUGAGAGCAGCAGCAAGAAGAACAAGAAGAACAAGAAAAAGAAGAGGAAGAAGAUGAAGCUUGAGGGCGAGGGAUUGGAGACGUCAAGUACGGCGACCCAAGCAGCUGCGGCGGCGGUACCACCCCCGGCUUCUUCUGCGACGGAGGGGCCAAAAGUAGCAGCAUCAGCAGCAGUGGCUGCUGCUUCCGGGGAGGAAAAAUCAUCUCGUGAAGCGCUGUCGGAAGCUGCCGGCGCUACGGGGUUAGCUGGGAAAAACACCCUGGACAACACCACCGUGAACGACGGCUCCUCUACGCCGGGGGGGGCAGCCGGGGUACCAUCCCCUCCCAAGGAACGACGAAGACUUGGGAAAACCCACGGAAGGGCCCGGAAAGAAGGGAACCCGGGAUCGCGGAACGGCGGCGCGGCGGCGGCGGCGGGGCGGCGGGAAGGACAGGGGACGGCAGACCCCCAUCCCCUGGCUCUGGCCCCCGGCGGCCCCGGCCAAGGAAAGCCUCGAAAACACACGCUGUCCAUCGCGAUCCCGGGGUCGGUGGUCGACAACGCUCAGAGCCGCGAGCUGAAGACGUAUCUGGUAGGAGAGAUCGCUCGAGCAGCAGCCGUAUUCGAGGUCGAUGAGAUCGUGGUCUACGAUGACUUGUCCGUGUCGAGGAAGGGCCAGGGGGGGGUGAGGGACGACUCGGCCAGCGUGGCGGCAGCCGGCGGUUUCAACAGGGGGGGGGGUUCUGCCAACGGGAGCGGCGGCGGUGGAGACAAGAACAACCCGAACGUCUUCAUGGCGCGGCUGCUGCAGUACGCGGAGACCCCACAAUACCUCCGGAAGCAGCUGUUCCCGAUGCAUUCCAGCCUUCGCCUUGCCGGCCUGCUGAACCCGCUGGACGCGCCGCACCACAUGAGGGCCGACGACGCCUGCCCCUUUCGGGAAGGGGUGGUGCUCGACCGGACUAUCAAGAAGGGUGCCGGCUCCUUCGUCGACAUCGGCAAGCGUAAGGAAGCACGGAUCGACCGCCCGCUGGACCCCGGGGUACGGGUGACGGUGAAGCUCGAUAAGGGAGACCCGUGCAAGAAGAACCACAAGGGGAGGGCGGUGCCUCCGUCGGCCCCUCGCGAAGAGCUUGGGCUUUACUGGGGGUACCAGACGCGUCUCGCCAGCGGGAUGGCGGAUUUGCUUGCCGGCUGUCCCUACAAGGGCGGGUACGACCUUACCGUCGGGACGUCGGAGCGCGGGAACGUUACGGUCGACAGCCCCGACUUCGCGCUGCCGGAGUACCGCCACGCCCUCGUCGUCUUCGGCGGCGUGCAGGGUAUCGAGGCCACCGUGGACGCCGACGAAUCUCUGCAACUCCCCGGGAGCGAGUCUUCCGCGCUCUUCGACAUGUGGGUCAACACCUGCCCUGGGCAGGGCAGCCGGACCAUCCGCACGGAGGAGGCCGUGCUCAUCACGCUGGCGCGGCUGAGGUCCCACGUCCUAGGCAACGGAGUGGCAGCAGCUGCAGUUCCUGCUCAAUCGCAGCAGUAA